GGGCGCUUUGUGUAUACUGGCGCGUCACUCGCAGAAGCGCAGAGCAAUCAUCGAAGCUCUCUCUCCCUGCCAUCUUCUACUUUCACCACCCCUGCCCCUUCGCCGUUCAUGUCAGACAACAUGGCGGCACCACAGGCCGAGGAGGGCAAGCUGCUCAGCGAGUCGCUGAGUACCGUUAAAAUCCAAGUUUCCCAGAUGAAGCGACACCUGGAGUUGGACCAGCUCAUGGACGCGCUGAAGAGCGCGAGCUUGAUGCUGGCGGAACUUCGGACGUCCUCGCUUUCGCCCAAACAAUAUUAUGAACUUUAUAUGGCUGUAUUUGAUGCUCUUCGUCACUUAUCCAACUAUCUAUACGACGCCCAUACUCAAGGCCGUCACCACCUCGCCGACCUCUACGAACUUGUACAAUAUGCUGGCAAUAUCGUUCCUCGUCUCUAUCUUAUGAUCACUGUCGGCUCCGUGUAUAUGUCUAUCCCCGACGCUCCGGUGAAGGAAAUCAUGAAGGACAUGAUGGAGAUGUCUCGUGGAGUUUUGCAUCCUAUCAGAGGAUUAUUCCUGCGUCACUAUUUGAGUGGGCAGACCAGAGAUCAUCUACCGGUUGGGAACGACGAUGGACCGGGAGGCAACCUCAUGGACUCGAUAUCUUUCGUGUUGACCAACUUCGUUGAAAUGAACAAGCUUUGGGUCAGGCUGCAACACCAAGGUCAUUCUCGUGAUAGGGAGAAGAGAGAACUGGAAAGAAAGGAACUUCGCAUCCUUGUCGGUACAAACCUUGUUCGACUCAGCCAACUAGACGGAGUGGACUUGGAAAUGUACCAAACCACUAUCCUACCUAGCAUCCUUCAGCAGGUUGUUAGCUGUAAGGAUGUGAUCGCUCAGGAGUACCUUAUGGAGGUUGUUAUCCAGGUGUUUACGGACGAGUUCCACCUGCAUACCCUUGGUCCUUUCCUCUCCGCAACGGCUCAACUCCAUCCAAAGGUCAACAUCAAACAAAUAGUGAUUGCGCUUAUUGACCGACUCGCUGCCUACGCUGCACGCGAAGCGGAGACUGAAGACCCCGAAGAGACGAAACGUCAAGAGGAAGCCGCCGCUCGUCGUCUCGCUGAGAGGGUCAAGUCUCAACGUGCACGGAUACGCCAGAACGGUAGUAUCAACGGUUCAAUGACCCCAAGUACGGUUACCGAUGGGGAGUGGGGUUCAGCUCCUCAGAGUCCUAUCAUUGAGAAGACUAUCUCAGAGCAACCGAGUCUCGAUGGUGUUGCUUCUGAAGUCGUAGAAUCAGAGAAGGCGGAUAAGGGUAAGGAGAAGGAGAAGGAAUCUCCUCAGGUACGGAAGUUCAGAGGCGUCCCCGAGGAUGUGAAGCUUUUUGAAGUGUUCUGGCAACAAGUGGUCGAGCUGAUUAAGGCACGACCGGACCUCUCUAUUCAAGAUAUCACCGCUCUUCUCGUCUCAUUAACGAACCUUUCCCUGAGUUGUUACCCCGAUCGACUGGAGUACGUUGAUCAAAUCCUAGGAUUCGCGCACGAUAAGGUCAAGGAGUUUUCAACAAGUCCGGACUUGCAUGCUCCUCAAACGACCACCAAUCUUGCCGCACUCCUUCUCGCGCCUAUUAAUUCCUACCAAUCCGUUCUUACUCUCCUCGCUCUCCAGCAAUAUUCCUCCUUACUCAACCAACAGCCGUUCUCCACCCGACGUUCGCUCGCCCACGCUCUUAUAUCCUCUGUACUCAAGAACGAAACCAUCAUUGAGGCCCCAGAAGAUGUGGACGGAAUCCUUGAGCUGUGUCACGUACUCAUCAAGGACCAAACUGAUGGUGCUCCUGUACAUGCUGGAAUUAUAUCAAGGACGGGUACGACUGAGAGGAGACCUGGUCUGCCGAUUCCUCAUGAGAGGGAGGAAUUGGCCGAAGAACAGGGAUGGAUUGCGAGAAUGGUGCACCUGUUCCGUGCGGAGUCACUUGACGUCCAGUUUGAGCUUCUGCAAACCGCAAGAAGACAUUUCGAGACGGGUGGUGAACGCAUGCGUUACACGUACCCUGCGCUCAUCACUGCAGCGAUCAAGCUCUGUCGACGGUACAAGAACAGGGAACACGUGGAGGACGAAUGGGAAACGAAAGUUUCAAGUAUCUUCAAGUUCAUCCGUCAACUCAUCUCCAUUCUCUCCACCCAAGUCGAAGCACCAUCAAUAGCUCUUAGACUUUUUCUCCUUGCUGCUCAGAUCGCCGACGAAUGCGGGUUCGAAGAUCUCACUUACGACUUCUAUGUACAAGCUUUCUCCGUCUACGAGGAGAGUAUUUCAGAGAGUCGAGCGCAACUCCAAGCCAUCACCCUCAUCAUCGGUACUUUGCAAGGUGCCAAGGUCUUCGGCGUUGAUAACUACGAUACCCUGAUUACCAAGGCUGCAUUGCAUGGCGCGAAGUUGCUGAAGAAACCUCAUCAGGCUCUGGCCGUCAACCUGGCUAGUCAUCUUUGGUGGCAGGAGGCACAAGGUGCUCCUGCGGAAGAGGCUGCUCAGGUCGAGAAGGACGUUGAGAAACCGCCUCUCACUCCAGAAGAAGGCCCUGAGACGGAGAAGGCGUAUCCUCAUCAAGACAGCAAACGUGUCCUCGAGUGUUUACAAAAGGCUCUUCGUAUUGCUAACUCGGCUACCGAUGAGAUUGUUACCGUGCAACUGUACUGUGACACUCUUGACCAAUAUCUGUUCUAUUUAGACCGCGGUGCGCCAGCUGUAAGCGAUUCUCGACUUCGACGCUCGAUCGCAACUCAUGUUAAUGUUAUACCAUGUCAGGUUACACCGAAGUUUGUUAAUAGCCUGGUCGAACUCAUCACCUCAAGUAUCGACAAUAUUUCCUCACCAGACGUUCACCCGUCACAACGCGCCCCUCCAGGCUUGCUCGAAGGUGUACAGACUCCUGAAAUGAUCAACCGGCACUUCCGAAAUACCCUGCACUAUAUCCAAAGCAUGAAGGUUGCUGCUAGUGAAGCUGCAGAUGGUGCCUCAAGUUCGCGAUGGGCGGAUGUUGAUGUUGUUGGAGCGUUGCUGAAGAUGGGUAUUCCUUCACGAUAGGUGUAAACGUGGUCGGACAUUAUUUGGUGUUGAGAGCAGUACUUUUAGGUUUUUGUAUAUAAUUGCUUUCUGUUUUACUGUGUUACUGUUGUUACCCUGGAUUACAUGUCUACGACGGAGGUGCAAAUGUUUCAUUCAGAGUUGCAACAAGGUUUGAAAGCCGAUCUGCUGGAACUAGCAUCAUCCUGCCGCCAACGUCUAACCCGAAUGAAUCUUGCUCUCUGGG